CGGGCACCAAUCAGGCCGGGCUGGGGAAGGGAGGGCCGUGGCGGCGGCGGUGGAGAGGAGGCCGCGAUGUGAGCUGGGUGUCUGCAGGCGGAUGGCCGAGGGCAGUCCCUCCGGCGGCAGGGCCGCCCCAAGCGGCGGCGGGGAAGCGGCGGGCUCCCUCAGCGCCCCGCGCGGGCCCGCAGGUCGGAAUCUGAAGGAGUGGCUGCGGGAGCAGUUCUGCGACCACCCACUGGAGCACUGCGAGGACACCCGGCUACAUGAUGCAGCCUACGUGGGGGACCUGCCCACACUGAAGAGCUUGCUGGAGGAGGAGAGCUUCCAGAGCCGGAUCAAUGAGAAGUCGGUGUGGUGCUGUGGCUGGCUGCCCUGCACUCCUCUGCGCAUUGCUGCCACUGCUGGCCACGGCCCCUGUGUUGACUUCCUCCUCCAGAAGGGGGCCGAGAUUGACCUGGUGGAUGUGAAGGGGCAGACCGCCCUCUACGUGGCCGUGGUCAACGGGCACCUUGAGUGUGCCAAGAUCCUCCUGGAAGCUGGAGCUGACCCCAAUGGCAGCCGGCACCAUCGCAGCACUCCUGUCUACCAUGCAGCGCGUGUGGGCCGGGCAGACAUCCUCCAGGAGCUAAUCAGAUACGGUGCAGAUGUGGACGUGAAUCACCACCUCGCUUCUCGAGUCUCCAGCCCCUCCUUGCGGCCCCUCACUACGCUUGUGGUCUGUCCACUAUACAUCAGCGCUGCCUAUCACAACCUUCAGUGCUUCCGGCUGCUGCUCCAGGCCGGAGCCAACCCAGAUUUUAAUUGCUGUGGGCCCAUCAACAUACAAGGCUUCUCUCGGGGCUCACCGGUGUGUGUGAUGGAUGCUGUCCUGCGGCAUGGCUGUGAAGCAGCGUUCAUCCAUCUCUUGAUUGACUUUGGAGCCAACCUGAACCUGGUGAAGGUGGAGGCCUUGGAAUUUGACUCCACAGGAAGGGUCAAAGUCAACCCUGAAGCUCUGGGAGUCUUCAAAGAAGCACGGGGCCGCACCCGGAGCCUGUUGUCUCUCUGCCGUAUAGCUGUACGAAGAAUACUUGGCAAAUCUCGUCUGGAUCUGAUCCAUAUCCUUCCAGUCCCAGACCCCAUUAAACAAUUUUUACUUCAUGAACACAGUUAAAGUGCAACUGGCUGCUUUCUGGGACAGUUUGAUUUGCUAAACGAAGGCCCCGUUGCACAGAUGGGAGAGUAGCAGAAUGUGGAAUCCUAUCCCGUCUGAGUCAUUUCUACAGACCACCAGAUCUGCUGUGGCACGUUGGCUCCCCUUCCAGCACUGUGAUGAAUGAGGCAAGGGUUGGCCAGUCCUCCCAGCUGCCCAGGACACUGCUGUAGCGCAAAUUAGAAGAUGUGGAGAGAAGAGGAAAUGGUAUUUUCACCCAUGGAAACUGAUAGUAUGCAGCUCAUUGCAGGGAUGAUGUGAUCCUUGUGGUUCAGUCACUGCUGCAGUGGUGGUGGGACAAGGACUGUGAUGCUCAAAUGAAGCCUGAACAUGAACCUGAAAGAUUUCCAGGGUACUUUCUGGACAAGCAAUGACCAAAUUCAUCUGUUCACUGUAAAAUUGAUUUGAAUAUUUGAAAAUGAACAAGAAUGACCAGGAGUGGAGGGGCUGCUAAAUUAAAUUGUGUUGCUGUGCUGGAUAGUGGUUGAUGCAAUGGCUGUGAAUAUAUCUGUGUGUUUAUGAAGAAGAUGAUACCAAAAAUGAUCUCUAGACUACCUUCUUGCAAUAUUGCAGUUAUUGUGGUCUUACUGAAGGCCCAGUAAAGGCCCAGAAAGUAGGUGACAAUGCAGAGCACAUAGAAAUUCUUUUACUCCAUAUCUUAAGGAAGUGUGAUCAGACAACACCCUUCCAGAUCCACCUAACAGGCCUUUUUGUUUGCAUCCUGCUUCUUGCAGCACUGUGGAGAAGGGAGAAGAAAGGACUUUUUUUUAUCAAAGAGUUAGGAGGUAGUGUGAUUCUGAAUGUAGUGUUGCAUCUGGCAGAGCUUUCCCCAGGCUCCUUUGAGCAAUUGGGAAGGGUGUUUUUCCAGAUGUGAUCCUAAAGAUAUUGAGGAUUGUUUUCUUGCAUGGUAUUAGGGACCUGUUGUGAGCUGGGUUAAGCAGGAGGUGAAAAGGAUGGUAAGAAAGGCCCUCCUGGGAAUGUGUAGCAGGGAAAUGGGCUUAUAUUUUGCAUUUUGGAAUUUCAGGUGCCUUUGGAUAGAUCUGGAUAUCCUGACUUUUUCCUCAAGGCUACCCCACAGGCUGAACGCUGAGCCCCAUAACACCCUGUGCUCACACUCACUUUCCACCUGUGCUGGGCCUCACCCUUACAGGUCCAUGAAAGGAGGCUUCCAAAGUAGUCCUUUAUAGAGCGUAUGCCAGCAGUGUUUUACCCUGGAUGAGUGCUCUGCUUUUAGAUGCUCUUGAAUUGCUUCACACUUCAGAUCAGUUGCUGAGGGAGGAGGGGUAGGUUGUAUAUCUUUUAGUUGGAGAUACUUGCUUUCAAAUACAUGAAAAAAGAGCAGAAAGGGUAUGACACUAGUUUAUGAAAUGCUUUUUUUCCAGGUGCAUCAAUGACUGCAAACUCACAGCUUGGUUUCUGGUCCUCCCACUGAGAUAUUUUUUAUGAUGGAGUUUGAUAAGCAACAGUGAACUUUUUGUAUGUUUUUAUUUGCUGAAGCACCUUUCCAAGAUGCUUUUGCAGAAGGAGGAAAGUCAGGAAGAAAUGGAGACUCUGAUUGUUUCCUUUUAUUUCUGUUCCAUGACUGGGCCUGGGAGAGCAGUCAGGUGGCCUUGUACAUUGCACUGCUCUUUCAUUUUGGGAUAAGGUGGAAAAUCUGCAUUGCUGAGCAUUACACUGUUGAGAAAAGGCUGAAGUGUGAUGGUCACACUCACUCACUGUUAAGAUACGUUCAAAAAUCUUCAUCAGAUGAGAUAUAAUGGCAAGGAUAUGUAGCUAUGGACAUGCUUUCAAGGUGAGAAGGCAGCAGUAUUGCAUUGUUUCCUUUUCAGGCUUGCAGAUGGUUUAGGUUUUCACCGUACGGGAGGCCAGGGCAGCCCAUGAGCAUGUUGCCUGAGAGUUGUGUGCCUACUUUAUGGAAGUGUUAACAUGCCUAAAAGAUGCAGGCAGGUUGUAAAGCCGCUUGUCACCUUGCUGGUGGAACCAUAAUGUUUUGCAGGAGCUCAGACCAAACAUACUCUCUAGCCCUAGUGUAUAGAGGCAGAAAAUGAGGGAGGAUGUCUAGAGAAAAUGCCAUGGCAACAACUUCUUUGGGUUGACUUUUUCACUCUGAUUUUUACUUCUUCACGUAGUUUUGCAAACCACUCACACAUUAGUGCCUUUUGUGAGAAAGUAGCUGGAUAGAGGUGGAAGGUGUAUGCUCCUCUGGGGAAAUCUGGCUCCACAUGGAAUGAGCUAUGGUGAAAUGCUAGUGUGUAUGACAGAGUGGCUCCAGGAAGUUUGGAGAAUCUGCUUGUUACAGGCAUGAUAACUCAGUGCACAAUGUAACUGGAAUAUAUAGUUAAAGCUAAGACUCUGCAGAUAUGUCUGUUACAAGUUUCAUUAUAGCUGCCUUCUGUAUUUGAUCUGCUGACUGUUGUGCCCUUGAUUGACAUUGUCCUACAUCCCUCUUGUGGAUAGUCAGCCAGCGAAGCCUUACCCAGGCCAGCAAUUGUAGCCAUCCUUCUGUGCUCCUGGCCAGAACCAUGACUGCCAUGGGAGUGAGAAUUGGAAAAGCACCCUCUUUCCAUCGACUGUCAGUAUGUGGUACUGAUAGGAUUAAUUUGUAGGUCCUGUUGGUAAGCUCAAGCUAUGCUGAGGGUAGGGGCUUCCACCUCGGUUAGUUACCCAUUCUUUAUUUAUGAUUUGAAGUACAGUAAUCAUGAUGCUCCAACAGUGUGCUGAACUUUGUGCAUAGGGGUAGUCCUUUUGACCUCAAAGUUUAAGGACCAUAUGGGUCCUUCAGAUCUAGGCAGUGUGGAGUCCACAGUAUUCCCCUAACCGUGAAUACCUCAAGUCCCUGAGCCAUAGGUCAAAGGAUGGUUCCCACGCUCUUAUAGCAAACAAGCUGAAAGUUCAACAAGCACUUGGGUGUCCGCACGAUCAAGCCUUUGAAGUACAGGAGGCUUUUUGCUGGACUACCCGCCCAUCUUAACUGAGGGACUAUGCCUCCUGCAAAGGUUUCAGCCUUAAACCUGAAUAGACUAUCUUUCUGAGGGACUGAAGAGAGUCCAGUGCUUUAGAACGACUCACAUAACAUUAAGCUGUAAGUGUGAAGGCUGCUACUGGAGUAGUACUUGUGGACAUUGGUUGCUAGGCUGCAUAAACCUAGCUUUGCCUAGAUGAAGUGGUUUAAUACACAGAAUAUCUGGAAUUUCCAUUGUAAUAAUGAAUCUCAGAACAGAUUUAUGAUGUCCUGCAGGGCCACAACGUACAUCCUUUGGCUGUCCCUGUCCUUUUAAACCCAAUAAACAACAGUCUUCCAAUAUGAAAUCUGAGUAAUAAUAUGCAUAUAUUAUGUCUUCACACUAUAUAGGUGACAUUUAUUUUUGCCUUAAUUCAGACUUCACUAUUUCCUCCUAUGUAGCAAUGCAUUUUCUUUUGUAAAAGUAUUAUUUUCCUUGCUGUCUGUGAGGCAUGCUCAGAUAACAUGAAUAACAAAUGAUACAUGGGAAAUUGAGCAGUUCUGCCGUGUACAUCCCCUCUAUUGAAGAAUGCCUGUUAUAUUUGUGCAUAAUGUAUGAAGUGUGUGUUGUGUGGCCUUGCUGUAAGCAUUGGGGGGGAUGAGAUGAGAUUUGGAAAAUGGUUAAAGAACUGAAGCAGAUCUGGAAUAAGCAAAAGAUAUCCAAAUGGGUCUUUUUCUUGUGGGCUUUCUUCUUAUCUUUUUUGUAUAGGGAAUUUAGAGAGCAUGAAAUGGUGGUAGCUGGCGUAAUACCCAAAUGUAACUUCCUGCCGUUUGGGAGUUGUGCAAAUGGCAGAAUGGAAUUUAUCAGGUUGCAGUGUUUUUUUUUUCCCCUUCCCUUAUUUAAAUAAAGCACUUUCUACACCAAAACUGGCCUUUGAGCCUCAGCACCUCUUUAGCCCUUGUUGUUCCAUUGAAGAAAGGAGCCUAGGAACCUGCCCAGGACAAAGCAGAGGUGACAGCCAAGAGUGUUGCUUCAAGGAGCGCUAUUCAGUGCUCUUUUCUUUUGCCCAGGGUAGAAUGAUUGUGCACAGCAGUAAGAUUUGAUCCAAGAGCAGAUAGGAGAUAUCUGUUGUGGGUCUGUGUGUAGCUAAAUAAAGACGUUCCAGUGCAAGA